AUGGUCAUGACGACAGCCUCGCCGCUGAACCUCACACUCAACCCCCUCAUGUGGAAGAACCUGACGGCCGUGCCCAUAUCACUGCAGGUGAGGAACCGACAUGCACACAGGCACAUGGAUGGAUGGCGAUCGGACGCACAUUGUGCUUUUGUCACUCAUGUCAGGACCUUAACGACGCCGACAGUGAGGCUGUCGAGUGGUUGCGGCAGAUGAGGGCACUGGAUGGCGGGGAGGGGCAAUGGUGUGUAUGCACACCAUCAUGUCAGAGUGUCGGUGUCUAACACCAUCAUGUCAGAGUGUCGGUGUAGACACAUUGGCACUUUCUGGUGGGUACUUUCUGGUUGCGUGACUGACUUAUUUGUAAAUGACUUUUCAUGCAAUUCUCCCGUCUUUGUUUUCCCCCUGACCUGACCUGACCUGUUCUAGCCAGGCGUCCACCGAGAGAGGAAAACAUUUUCUCCGGUUUGUUUGCACCGGCCAGAUGUUUUUAAUGUGUACACACACACACACACACAGUGUCACAUACAUACCAUACACUUCCUUACUUCGGACGGACAGGGCUGACUGUCUGAAUGGCUGGGUACAUGCCAUGCACUACACUCAUCCCACUCACUCACUCACCACACACACUCACACACCACCUACCUGAAUGCAGUGUGUUUAUGCUGGGUGGAUAUAAGUGAGUAGCUGACCUCACUGACUGCAUCGCUUUUGUCCUGCGCGCCCCGCAGAUGACAUUGUGCCAUCGUCAUGCCAUGACGAUCGCCUUCGUACUCGGCAUCGGUCUCCUUUUCCCAUCCGGCCGUCGGCGGCAGCCUUUUGAGUAUUGGCGCGACACCUUGGCUCGCUCUAAGUGUGUGUUGUUGGCCACCUCGUGUGUGUGUGUGUGUGUGUGUGGUCCUUCAUUCUUCAUAGCUGCCUCCCGCUGACAGCGCACUGUCCGCACUGUACAACGCGUUCGAUAGACACAGUCACUUGUUUGCAGUGAUGCGCUGUGCCUGCUAUACUUGCUGAACCCCUCUGUAUGUACCACCCACUACUGUACACCAUGUCAGUCAUGUUAUGCACGUGACUGAUGGACUGACUUGUGGGUACGGAUCGGAUGGACAAGACGGUCUCGGCCAUGCAUAUGCCAACCUACCGCACACACACACACGCGUACGUGUCAGUCAUGUUUUCCUUGAUCUCUGCCCUGCCUGCACUCAUGAUUCAUUUCAUUCGUUUGGCAAGCUUCCGUGUCGAUCGUUUGGAUAAGUAUUUGCAUUCCUACACUCAAUACAAUGAAUGGUGCGCACCGCACCUCAGUGAACUUUAACUCUCCC